AUGGCGUUCGUCCGGUUUUGCAUUGAUCGGACUUCGAACGAAGUUAUCCUCACCCUGAUCAAAGUGCUUGGUAAUCUGCGCAGAAACCUUUCAUUCUUUUUGAGAUUGCAAGAGGCAUAUGAGUCGGCGAAUGACUCUGUUGCACUCUGCCGCACCCUUGUGUCUGCGGACUCUGAGAUCUACACCGUAGAUUUGGCCCGGUCAGUCGGGAGUCUAGUUGCAACACUCAUCGACCUUGGACGGCUUUCCGAGUGUCAAGCUGUGGCGCAAGGUGGCAGCCGUCCAUCCGACAACAUACACCUUAGAUUUGGCUCGAGCGCUCAAAAGUCAUUCUACCAUCUCGGACAGCAUUCCGAGGCGGUCCCAGUGAUCGAAGAAAGUGUCAAACUUUGUCGCGAGGUAGUUCCCAUCCACCCAACACACAAGCUGGAGUUAGCUCGCGUUCUCAGGAAUUAUUGCAUAUCACUCAACCGAUCUAGACGACAUUCUGAGGAGCUGCCGGUGAUCGAGGAAAGUAUGAAACUCUCACGCGAGCUAGUUGCGGUUGAUCCAUCACACGGCCCAGAUUUGGCUCGAGGGCUUCGGAUCCUCAGAGCAUCACUCUCCAGUCUUGAACAGCAUUCCGACGCGCUCCCGGUCGUCGAAGAUUGCCGAUCAUACACCCCAGACCUGGCUCAAGCGCUCUGGGAGCUCAGCGAAUCACUCUCCAAACUUGGGCGGCGUUCCGAGGCGCUCCCAGCGAUCAAAGAAAGCGUCAACCUCUGGCGCAAGUUAGUUGUCGACCAUCUGGCCUCAUAUACCCAGGAUUUGGCUCUGGCGCUUCGACAUCUUUCUGUAUCCCUCGACAGUCUCGAACGGUAUUCCGAGGUGCUCCCUGUGAUCGAUGAAAGUGUCAAACUCUGGCGCGAGCUGGUUAUUGUUCACCCGACCACGUACACCCCAGAUUGGCUCGAGCGCUACGGGAUCGUUUUGUAUCACUCGGCAAAAUCGGGCGGCAUUCUGACGCGCUCCUAG